GUGCCUGAUGAUAUCGGGAUAGAACCAGAGGAAAAGUUAUUAUGACAUCACCCAGACAAAUAGAAUAUUCUCAUCUCUUGGUGACAUGUCCAUUUGCCCCUCUGCUGUUGAGCUAACAGCCAAAGAAACUGGACCUCCAACUACACCUCUAGAACAAGGAAACUAAACAGGCUUACCCUGUGAUUGAGUUUGGAAUUGUCAGAAGUUUAUUCUUAGUGCAGGAAAACUACCAGGUCCUAAAUAUGGUAGUGCAGGAAUCAUCAUCAUCAUCAUCAUCAGGAAGCUCAUAUAAAUCUGAAACAAACUCAGAACCUGAGCCUGAAGCUGCAGCCUCUAAAUUGGAACUCAUUAUCAGUCCUCUCACUGAAAUCCCCCCCUCAGUGAAGAACAUACUGGAGAAAAUUGAUGCUGCCCAGCUCGACAGAGCCAGGAAGGAGGUUUUUAAGCAACUGUUUGUAAUUCUGGACAAUGUGAACCGGGUGUGUGACCGCUUCAAAGGGGAUGAACGGAUGGACCCAGAGAUAGAAGAACAGUUCUUCCUCUCCGGCACUUGGGCUGAGAGGAAACGGCGGGCACUUCUACUGGACAAAGUAGUCAUCUUGCUCAAAGCCAGCACAGCUCAAGGGAAAGAUUUAAAGUUUGUUCUGGAAUCAUUAAAAGAAUGGGGUGAAAUGUUGUCAGAAGGCAAAGAACAAGUAGGAGACACCCCCACUGUCCAGUGGGUCAGUGAUAUGGAGACCAAGCUGCUGACCUCCCUUGAUUAUACAGAAGGAUGUAUAAUGCAGCUAAUCAAUCUCUGCACACCUCUUGUGGAACACAGAAGGAAAAAGAGGGGGAAAUCAAUUGUUCCCAAAACCGGCAUGUGGAGAGCAUGGCGAGAGAAAGUUGCACAGAAACCUCAGGAAGGCCAGCCCUUGAGCCCUGAACAAAUGCUAGAAGAUGAAUCUGUAACUUUCUCCAGGACUUCUGAGCUCCUUACCAUGUUACAGGAAUUUGUAGGUUCCACACUGUUCAACAAAGCAGAAGUUGUUGUUGUUAAAUAUAUAGUGACAAUGGUGGCCAAUCUCAACAAAGCCUUCACUCUGCUAACCAAACAGUCCCGUGGCCUGCAAGCAAAGUAUGAUACCUUAGUAUCCCAGGAGUCCAGGAAGCAGGAAGUUCAGUGUGUGAACCUUCAAAAGGAAGUACAGGUGCUCAAUGAGAAAAAGGCAUCUUUGGAGGCUCGAGUCCAAAGCAUUGAACACAAAUACAAAAUGCUUUUCAUAGAAAAUGAGGCAAUACAAAAAGAACUGCACAAGGUGAAGGAAAAAGCAGCAGUAAAGAUAGAACCAUCUUUAAGAGACAUGAAAUCUGGGGCCAGGGCUUCUUAUGAAGGGAAAUCCCAGGAAGAUGAUAAACAUGUGAGUAGGGAAAAGGUUGCAAAUCUGUCAGUUGAAAAGCUGUCAUGGAAAUCCCAGGCAGACCUUGCUAAAUCCCCCAGUGGGAAAAGGGAGUCAAAGGUACCAGAUAAAAAGCAGCUUCAGAGACCAUUGGUAGAGAAAACAGAAGACACCAGUGACAAACAGGAUGCAAAGCUUCUAGAUAAAAAGCCAGCACUGAAAGCCUCAAUAGAGAGAGGUGAAGGUACCAGUGACAAACAGGAUACAAAGCUUCUAGAUAAAAAGCCAGCACCGAAAGCUUCAAUAGAGAGAGGUGAAGACACCAGUGACAAAUGGGAUACAAAGCUUCUAGAUAAAAAGCCAGCACCGAAAGCCUCAAUAGAGAGAGGUGAAGGCACCAAUGACAAACAGAAAGCCCCGGUAGAGAGAACUCAAGACACUGUUGUCAAAUGGGAUGCAGUCAUCCCAGUGGAAAAACAAGAAGAGACUUCAGGAGACCUGGCUGGAAGACGGCAUGAACAACCUCUGGACAAUGAGCAAACAGAGGCUGCUGACAAAUGGGAUGUGAACCUCCUGGGUGGAACCCAGGAAGUUGUUGAAGAUGUCACUGGUGAGUGGCAUGAGAUCCUGCCAGAUGAACAUGAGCUCAAGGCUGACAGUGAAGAAGAAAUUGAAAGGCUCCCAUCCCCAACAGAGCUCCCAUACCAAGGGGUCUGUAGGAAAGGAAAGCAGAGGAGGAAGAAGGAAAGCCUGUACACUGAGGAGACACAUACAAUAAUGCCUCAGAGCCCUAUCAGCAGAAGCAUGCUGGACUCAUCCACUGCACUGUAUGGGUUUAAUUCAGCUAUCCUGGGUUAUCUGGAGCAGAAGAUGGAGAAGCUAUGGAAAUGUCCCUCUCCUGGGAAGAGACAAGCAGAGAGGAUGCUGCCCAAGGACCCAGAAGCCCAAAGGCUCUACAUGGCCUUGGAGAGGAAACUGGAAGAAUGCUUCUCAAAAAUGAAGAUAAGAUAUUCCAGCAGCUUAGAGGAACAGAAGCUUCCAAGGAGCCUGGAGCUGACUGAAGAGCAUGAUGAAGAGGCAAAGCCACCCUUGGAGGUUCUUCCUGGGAUCGUCAUUCCAGGGAAGGAAGUCCCUGGUUCCUCCAUACAGUUGAGUGACCCUGACAGUCCCUUUUUGGAGUCCAAAGUUCCUGUGAUCUCACGAUGGGGACUCCCUGCAGCCCUGUUGAAGGAACCUAAUAUCUCAGCACAUUUUCAAUUUCCCAAGCAAUGGCAGCAGCAAUGGCAGCAACAGCAGCAGGAGCAAUGGCAGGAGGAGGAACAGGAAUGGUUUAAGAAGGUACAGAAGCAGCAGCAGUAUCAGAUGCAAUGGCAGUCACCACAGCCUGAGGAGCAGCUCCAGCAGCAGCUGCAAGGGGUAAAGGAGAAGGUAGAGGUGGAGCAGCUGCAGCAGGAAGAGCAUCAGUUUGAGGAGCUGCAGCCACAGCAGGAGCCACUGCAGGAAGGGCAGAAAGAGUGGCAGGAAGAGAAGCACAAGCAGUGGAAGAAGCAGCUGGAGGAACAAGCAGAGGAGCAGAGUCUGAGGCAGCAGCAGCUGGAGCAGCAGCAGAGGCUAUAUCAGCAGUGGCAGGAAGAGCAGCAGAAAAAGCUUGAGGAGCAGCAGAGGCUGUGGCGGCAGCAGGAGGAGGAGCAGGAGGAGGUGCAGAGACUGUGGCAGCAGCAGCAGGAAGAGCGUCAGAGGCUGUGGCAUCAGCAUGAGGAGGAGCAGCAGGAGGAGCAGCUGAAACUGUGGCAGCAGGAGGAGCAAGAGCAUGAGCAGCAGGCAAGGUACUGGCAGCAGCAGGUGGAGGAGCAUGAGGAGCAGCAGCAUCUGUGGCAGCAGGAGCAGGAAGAACAUGACCUUCACCUGAGGCAGUGGCAGCAGCAGGAGGUGAAGCAGCAGGAGCAGGAGAAGCACUGGCAGCAACAGGUGGAGGAGCAUGAGAAGCAGCGGCAGCUGUGGCAGCAGGAGCAGGAGGAACAUGACCUUCGGCUGAGGCAGUGGCAGCAGCAGGAGGUGAAGCAGCAGGAGCAGGAGAGGCUAUGGCAGCAGCAGUGGCAGGAGCAGCUACAGCAGUUGCAUGAACAGCAAGAGCUGCUGCAAAAACAGAUACAGCAGGAGCAGUACCUGAUCCCAAGGCCUAAACCAGUUCCCAGGAGCAGAGAACCUGGGACCCUGGAACACUUAACAAAACAGAUCCCACUAAGGCCAAGGAGAGAGAUUGCAAAGGAAGAGGUCCUGCUGUAUGAAUAUUUCAAGCCUUCUACCCAGCAAAUGGUUCCCACUCAGAGCAAAGUAUCCCUGCACUCUCAAGCUCAGUCUACUGAGGAGACUAGCUGGCUCCCGACGCUGGCUCAGAAGACCAAAGGGAAGAGCUUGGUGCCCUCCGGCAUGUCAGAGAAGCGGUACUGGGUGGAUGUGGAGGCUCAGAGGGAGAACUUGAUGCUGCUGGGCCAGGCGACCCAGAAGUGCAGACUACCCCCACACCUGCACAUGCAGGCGAAGGAAGUUAUCACUGAGACCCUGCACACUGAUGUUGAGAGGCUGGCUCUCCUCUUCCACAAAUAUAUCUCCUUCUGCCACCUCCAGCAUGUCAGACAAACCUUAAUGUCCAGAUUGGAAGCUGCCAGAGCGGUAAAUGAUGGUGCUGAGGUCCGGAACUUGUAUACAUAUGUGGAGAGGGUGGAUGCUUACCGGAAAAAGGUGCUACAGUGCUGGGUGGCCAAACAAAAAACAGCAGAGCAGGCACGUCGACACUGCCUUGGCAAGAUGAUUUCCUUGUUUGCCCAGCUCCGCCUGAGCACUGAACUCCACCUCAACAGCCCAUCCCCACUCAUGAUCAAAGCAGUGGAUGAAAUGAAGGAGUUCCCGUCCUCAGCCCAUGCCAGAUCCAAAUCCCCUGGCUAUCCAAGCCCCCUGGCAUGUGUGAAGAAAGUCAGAGACUUUAUGCAUCCAGCUGGAGUCAGUGAGCAGGUUUGUGACCAGAUAGAGUCAGUAUGGAGGACCGAUGUCAUCUCUCACAGUUUUCCUAUUGUUCCAAAACCCCCUGUGUCACUGCUCUGGUCCCAGGCUGGUUUCCCAGAUAUCCCUAGAUUUCUGGAACUGGACGUGAGCUCACUUAGGAGCAAACCCCUUAAGUCUCUACAGACACGGAGAAUCAUGGACUACUACACUCAAGGGAGGGGGUAAAAUGGGAUCCAGUGGGAGCCACCCCUCCUCCCAGCAUCCCACUGGAUCCAGAACUGUGCAGGGGAGCCCCCCCGUCUUCUUGGGACACUGGGGCCCAGAUGGUACCACCCCUCCCUCCAUGUGGGCCUUGGAGAAGACAGCAGAGAGGAGCCAGCCAGAGACUCCAACCAGUAGGGAGAGAAGCAGCCAAAGCAGGGGGAUCUUUGGUCCUGGGGACAUGUGGAGAAGUUUCUACAGUUUGGACUGGACUUUCUAUGUCUUGUGCUUCAACUCCCCUACACCUUCAGUCUCUUCGCUUCAGCUUUACUCUAGACCUGAUCCUAUUACCCUUCUCUCCCCUGCCCUGUCCCCCUCACCUCUUCCCUUUUCUUCCCGUUUAGCUGAUCCCCUCCUCAAUAAACUCCCCCGCCCCAAAACAGUGAUGGAAUUUAUAUGCCAUUUGCUGACAUCACAUUGUUCAUUCUGCAGGGGUGUUCUACCCCUUCCCUGAUUCUGUGUCUGUCUUGUCUAUUUGGACUGUAAACUCUUCAGGGCAGCA